AAUAUCCAAAAUAACCUAAAACUAGUUGGCAAGUGCCAACUAUUUGCGAUUAUUAAUAUUUAAAAUAUCUAACUUAGAACUUCAUUAAAAAUGGAAAACGAUAAGGAAAACGUUGUUCAAGCGGUGGUAAUAAUGGAUGUUUUCAAUAACAACUUUGCUCCAAUCAGUAAUACCAAACCUAUGGGAUUACUUUCCGUUGCAGGAGUACCUCUAAUAGAUUACGUACUGGAAUCUUUGGUAUCUGGAGGUGUUGGAGAAACCAUUCUUUUUUGCUGUCAAGAUGCCCCUAAAAUUAAGGAUCAUAUAAAAAAAUGUAAGCAAGAAAAAGUGCCAUGGACGUUAAUGAUGGAUGUGCAGGUCAUGACUUCAGACAUUUGUCAAACUAUGGGAGAUGUAAUGAGAGAAAUAGAUGCUGCUGCUAUGGUCCGCGGAUACUUUGUACUGUUAGGAGUAAAUACAAUAACAAAUAUUAAUUUUGCUGCAUUGUUAGAGCAACACAAACAGACCUGUAAAAAGGAUAAAGGAGCUGCUAUGACACUUGUAUACAAAGAGGUUGCUUGGGAGCACCCUAUUAUUAGCAAUGACAAAUCAUUUUUAUUGGCAGCUGAUGGCAAUACACAUAAAGUUUUGAUGCAUCAGAAGUAUAAACCAAAAUCAAAGGAAAGUACAGUUUCUUUACCUUUGGAAAUUGUUUUACAACAUUCUGAAGUCAAGUUACAUCAUAAUUUAGUGGACGCGAACAUAGCUCUUUGCUCUCCAUCAGUGCCACCACUCUUUUCAGAUAAUUUUGAUUUUCAAACAAGAAGUGAUUUUAUCCAUGGAAUUCUCAUAAAUGAGGACAUUUUGGCGAGUACUUUGUACUAUACAUUAAUAAAAGAAAAUCAAUAUGCUGCAGCCAUAACAAAUUGGAAAACAUACCAAAUUGUUUGUUCGGACAUACUACACAACUGGGCAUACCCUUUGUCAAUUGAAACAGGUUCUUUUUAUAAAAAUAGCUAUAUGUUUAUGGGCAAUCACAACUUUAGGAAGAUUAAUUCAACUUUAAGCAGAUCCUGUACAUUAAAAGAGGAUGUUCUUAUUGGAGCAGAUACACACAUUAGUGAUAUGACAUUAGUAUCCAAUUCUAUGAUUGGCAACAAUUGUAAAAUUGGAGGUAAUGUUGAAAUUCAAGGGAGUCAUAUUAUGAACAAUGUGGUGAUUAAAGAUAAUUGUAAAAUACUGAACAGCUUUAUAGACAAUAAUUGCACAGUUGACAAUAACUCUCAUUUAGAAGGUGUAAUUGCUGCAUCUAAUGUAUGUGUAGUUGCUAAUAGUGAAAACAAAGGAAAUAUUUUUGAAGGAUUGAAAACUGAGAGUGAAAAAGCAUUGUUAAAAUCAACAUCAGAAAGUGGAACAGAGUGGGAAAAUGAGUCAUCAAGAGAUGGAGAAGAUGACUUUGUUGGAUUUGAAAAGAAAUGGAGUGACAGUGAGUCCUGUUAUUCUUCGGACAGUAGUGCUGAAUCUUCUUUAGCCGAUUCUCCAGUACCUGACGAUACUAACAUAUUCCUUCAAGAAGUUAUAGACAGUUUAGCAAGAGGUUAUGAAGAUAAACUCAAAUGUGAUUACCUCAUAUUAGAAAUUAAUUCCUCAAGAUAUGCCUACAAUAUUCAGUUGCAUGAAGUGAACUUCUUUGUUAUUAGAGCACUACUUUCAAUGCCAGUAUUGGUUGAUUGCAAAAAUGUCCUUAACACAGUAAAAGACAUAAUGAAGUUUUUCCAUCCAGUUAUAACUAAUUAUAUUAAGAGUGAUUCUUCCAUUAUGGAUUGCUUGAGAGCUGUUGAAGAUAGCUGUAUUAAAAAUGAAUGGCUUAAUGGAAAAACAGGACAAAUAAUCCACCUUCUGUACGAAUCAGAUAUUGUUGACGAGGACUCCUUGUUAGAAUGGUACAGAGACUUGAAAGAAAAUGAAAGUAUACUUGCUGAACAAACAUCAGUUGUAAAGUUCUUUGAAUGGCUUCAACAAGCAAGUGAGGAAAGUGAAGACUCAGACUAAAAAUUAAAAUACCAAGGGCUGAUUUUACAAUCACUACAUUAUUCUUCUUAAUUUCGGAAUAAAUUAGUGAUUCCAGGAUAAAUUUAGCCUUGCCAAUUGAAAAUCAGCCUUUAAAAAAAACAUUUAUUUGUAAAUUAUAAUUUAAUUGGGGAACAGCUAUAUACUAUGAAUUUAGUGAUAAAAAUAAUUUAUACAUUUAAGUUAUCGAAUUGUAGCAUAUUGCUGGAAUUGUACAGUUGAAAAGUUUCUAAAUUUAUUGAUAUCAAAUGAAGUUGGUUCACAUGGG